AUGAUUUCUGUCCUCAUCACCGGCGCCUCCCGCGGCUUUGGGCUCGCGCUUGCCCGUGAGCUCGCUUCUCGCCAAAAUAUCAGUCGAGUCUUUGCUACGGCUCGUGGAAAUUCCCCGGCCCUGAAUGAACUCGCCCAGCAGUCGCCCGAUCGGGUCGUCGUUGUCAAGCUCGACGUCACUAACCAAGAGUCAAUCAAGAAAGCUGCCGCCGAGGUCGAAGGAAACCUUGGAGGCAAAGGGCUGGACAUCUUGAUCAACAAUGCCGGCGUCUGCCAGUAUUCUUUCGGAGGAGUUAAGUCGAUGGACAACCUUGAAGAGAGUUUUACCAUCAACGUUAUGGGAGUCCACUGGGUCACUCGCGAAUUCCUCCCGCUUCUGCAGAAGGGCACCCUAAAGAAAGUUGCCAACAUCUCGACCACAAUGGGCUCUAUUACCCUUGCUCGCGCCGCCGCUGCCCUCCCCAGCCCCCCUUACAAGAUCUCGAAGGCAGCCAUGAACGCCCUUACCGUCCAAUACGCUCUGGAAUAUGAAAAGGAAGGGUUUUCGUUCAUCGCACUUUGCCCCGGCGUAUGUACCACCACCCUCGUUCGGUCGAUGAUUUAA